UUUUUAUUUAUUUAUUUCACUUUACACUUUAAUUAAAACCUCGCGCUCUCUCUUUUCUCUCUCACAAAUACACACACUCGGGUACGAACGAACGAAACCCUCGAUCUGAGAAAACCAUGGCGAGACGAAACGGCUCAGAUUCCGAAGAGGAAGAGGAGGAGCAGCAAGAAGAGGAGGUUCACGACCAGAUCGAAGAGGACGACGAGGAACUCGAAGCCGUGGCUCGCUCCGCUAGCUCCGACGACGAGCCGGAUGAAUCCGGCGGCGAAGAUGCUGUUGCUGCUGAUGACGAUAAUCAGGAUGAUGAAGGUAAUGCUGCUGAUCCUGAAAUUAGCAAACGCGAGAAGGCUAGGCUAAAGGAAUUGCAGCAAUUGAAGAAGCAGAAGAUUCAGGAGAUACUGGAUGCACAAAAUGCAGCCAUUGAUGCUGAUAUGAACAAUAGAGGAAAGGGUAGGUUGAACUAUCUCUUGCAGCAGACUGAGUUGUUUGCUCAUUUUGCCAAAGCUGAUCAAUCUUCAUCUCAAAAGAAGGGAAAGGGAAGGGGACGCCAUGCAUCAAAAGUGACUGAAGAAGAGGAAGAUGAAGAGUACCUGAAGGAAGAAGAAGGUGGUUCAGCAAACACACGGCUGAUGACUCAACCUUCAUGUAUCCAAGGGAAGAUGAGGGAUUACCAACUUGCUGGGCUAAACUGGCUCAUCAGAUUGUAUGAGAAUGGAAUAAAUGGGAUUCUGGCAGAUGAAAUGGGGCUUGGUAAAACUUUGCAAACUAUAUCUUUGCUGGCCUAUUUACAUGAGUUCAAAGGAAUAACAGGCCCUCAUAUGGUGGUUGCUCCAAAAUCUACUCUUGGAAAUUGGAUGAAUGAGAUUCGGCGCUUCUGUCCUGUUAUACGUGCAAUAAAGUUCCUUGGUAACCCUGAUGAGAGGAGGCAUAUAAGGGAGGAGCUAUUGGUUGCUGGAAAGUUUGAUGUGUGCGUGACAAGCUUUGAAAUGGUAAUCAAGGAGAAGUCUGCGUUUCGUCGAUUUAACUGGCGUUACAUAAUUAUUGAUGAAGCUCACAGAAUCAAGAAUGAGAAUUCCCUCCUGUCCAAAACAAUGAGGCUAUACAAUACAAACUAUCGGCUCCUUAUAACAGGCACACCACUACAGAACAAUCUUCAUGAACUCUGGGCUCUUCUCAACUUUCUUCUGCCUGAAAUUUUUAGUUCUGCUGAAACUUUUGAUGAAUGGUUUCAAAUCUCUGGUGAAAAUGACCAACAGGAAGUUGUCCAACAACUACACAAAGUCCUCCGUCCAUUUCUCCUUCGAAGAUUGAAAUCUGAUGUCGAGAAAGGGUUGCCACCGAAAAAGGAAACCAUUCUUAAAGUAGGUAUGUCACAAAUGCAGAAACAGUAUUAUAGGGCCUUGCUGCAGAAGGAUCUUGAGGUUGUAAAUGCCGGUGGAGAACGGAAGCGUCUCUUAAAUAUAGCGAUGCAACUACGUAAAUGUUGUAAUCACCCAUAUCUCUUCCAAGGUGCUGAACCUGGUCCUCCCUACACAACAGGAGACCAUCUGGUUACAAAUGCUGGUAAAAUGGUUCUACUGGAUAAAUUACUUCCUAAACUAAAAGAACGGGAUUCUAGGGUACUUAUAUUUUCACAGAUGACUAGGCUGUUGGACAUACUUGAAGAUUAUUUAAUGUUUCGAGGAUACAAAUAUUGCCGCAUAGAUGGCAAUACUGGUGGAGAAGAUCGUGAUGCUUCCAUUGAGGCUUUCAACAAACCAGGAAGCGAGAAAUUUGUCUUCUUGCUAUCUACUCGGGCUGGUGGUCUUGGCAUAAAUCUUGCUACUGCUGAUAUUGUCAUUCUUUAUGAUAGUGACUGGAACCCACAGGUUGACCUGCAAGCUCAGGAUCGGGCUCAUAGGAUUGGUCAGAAGAAAGAAGUUCAAGUUUUCAGAUUCUGCUCAGAGUUUACUAUUGAGGAAAAAGUCAUUGAAAGGGCUUACAAAAAGCUCGCACUUGAUGCUCUGGUGAUUCAGCAAGGGCGUUUAGCUGAGCAGAAGACUGUAAAUAAGGAUGAGUUGCUUCAAAUGGUUAGAUUUGGUGCUGAAAUGGUUUUUAGUUCCAAGGACAGUACAAUCACUGAUGAGGACAUUGACAGAAUUAUUGCUAAAGGAGAGGAAGCAACAGCUGAGCUUGAUGCUAAGAUGAAGAAAUUUACUGAAGAUGCUAUCAAAUUCAAGAUGGAUGACCCUGCUGAAUUGUAUAAUUUUGAUGAUAAGGAGGAUGAGAACAAAUUUGAUAUAAAAAAGAUUGUGACUGAAAACUGGGUCGAACCAUCAAGAAGAGAACGGAAGCGCAAUUACUCAGAAUCUGAAUACUUCAAGCAAACUAUGCGUCAAGGUGGUCCUACUAAACCAAAAGAGCCUCGUAUUCCAAGGAUGCCUCAAUUGCAUGAUUUCCAGUUUUUCAACACACACAGGCUGAAUGAGCUGUAUGAAAAGGAAGUUCGCCGUCUAAUGCAAGCACAUCAGAAGAGUCAGGUGAAGGACUCCAUAGAUGUUGAUGAACCAGAAGAAAUUGGAGAUUCACUGACUGUUGAAGAGGUGGAAGAAAAGGAGCGCCUGCUAGAGGAGGGAUUUUCAUCAUGGAGCCGGAAGGAUUUUAAUGCUUUCAUUAGGGCAUGUGAAAAGUAUGGCCGAAAUGACAUACAAAGUAUUGCUUCUGAGAUUGAAGGAAAAACAGAAGAGGAAGUUGAAAGAUAUGCGAAAGUCUUCAAAGAAAGAUACAAGGAAUUAAAUGAUUAUGAUAGAAUUAUUAAAAACAUUGAAAGAGGGGAGACAAGAAUAUCUCGGAAAGAUGAGAUCAUGAAAGCUAUUGGGAAAAAGUUGGACCGCUACAAGAAUCCAUGGCUAGAGUUGAAGAUACAAUAUGGACAAAACAAAGGGAAGUUAUACAAUGAAGAAUGUGACCGAUUCAUGAUAUGCAUGGUUCACAAACUUGGCUAUGGGAAUUGGGAUGAAUUGAAAUCGGCGUUUCGAAUGUCGCCCUUGUUUAAGUUUGAUUGGUUUGUGAAGUCUCGCACGACGCAGGAACUGACAAGGAGGUGCGACACCCUCAUUCGGCUGAUAGAGAAGGAAAACCAAGAAUAUGAUGAGAGGGAGAGACAAGCUCGCAAAGAAAAGAAACUCGCCGCGAAGAAUUCAACCCCAUCAAAGCGUGCAGUGCCAAGACAGGCGGAGAGUCCAUCUCUGAAGAAACGGAAGCAGUUAACUAUGGAUGACUAUUUAAGCUCGGGAAAGAAGAAAAAAUAGUUAACACGUCAAUUGGUGGUAAGGAAUGGCUUCUCAAGUUCCAGGGCUCUUGGUCUCAAUUUCUGCAGGCCUGAAUGUAACCUUUGAAAUGGUAGUUAGGGAAGAUUAUGAUGAAAUAGAAUGUUAGAAAUUUUGUAGAUAUGCCAACUCAAACUGUGGAUUGAGAGCCAGUUCCAUUUUAUUAAAUUUUUUAUUCACUAUUCUGAUGUUCAAAUCAACUAUUUCUUUUCAGAGCAGUACCGGGGCAAAAAUUCGGCGCCCUUGGUCUGUAACAUGAACCUACGAUUUAAUCACCAUAAUACAUUGUUGAGCGGUUGAAAUCACAA